GUCAUUUCUUACUGUUUGUUAGAUAGAGAAGAAAAAAAAUGUAGUAGUUGUACAAUUUACAUGUAGUGUGUAGAUACAGCCAGAUAGAAUCAAUCAAGAAAGAGAGAGAGAGAGAGAGAAGGAGAGAGAAAUUAAGAGAGUAUUGGUGUAAUCAAUAGAGGUGUCUUUGAUUGAGGAUUAGCUGGAGGUUUUGGAGGUGUAGAUUCUUCUUCUUCAAUCUCUCUCUCUCUUUUUCUGUUCGUUUGGUGUCUUUUUUUGGUGUCCAUUUCUUGAAGAUCUGCUUUGUUGCUUACUUUUGGGUGUUGGGGUUUCUUCCAAUUUCAUUCAACUUGUUGACUUUGGAUUUGGACAUUGUGGGGUUUUGUAAAAGUUAAGUCUUUGAGUCUUGGAUCUUAAGUUCCGUCUAGGUUUUUUCCCCUUCAAAUGUUAACUUCUAUAUUCUUGUUCGUUGAAAUUUCUCACCUCAAGAACCUGAAAUUGAUUGAUUGAGUAUUCCAGUCAAAGAUUAUUGGGUUUGUGUCAAUCUUCAAGAAAGGGCAAAAUUAGGGUUUCUUUGAUCUGGUCUAUUUUGUAUAAUUUUUAAUCAAUUCUUUUGAUACCAGUAUCUGGUCUUUGUGUUUUUGGUAAAGGCAAAUGCUUUAGGACUUUCCCUCCUUAAGUUAGGGUGCAUUUGAUUUUUGAAAGCAAAGGUUUUGAUUCUUGGGGGGAUGCUUUUAGCUUGAUUCCUUUGCUUUUCCAGAAGUUAGGGUUUGGGUACUAAGCCUUUCUUUUUCUGGGGUUUAGAGUUAGAUGGGCUAAAAACUAUUUCUUUGUCUUUGGUGAAGCUUUGUUCAGUCACUCCUUUUUUGGGUCCUCUCUGUGAUUGAUUGACACACAGACAAAGAAAAAAUAAGGUUGUAAUGCAUCUUUCACUAUGGAAGCCAAUAUCUCACUGUGCUUCUCUGAUCUUGGACAAAAAGAGCAGAAAGAGAAAUGGGUCUAACCAUACCACCGAAGAGAUAAAGAAAAACCCAUCUGUGCUGAAAAAAUUGCAAGAGCAUAAGCUGAGGGAGGCUCUUGAGGAAGCAUCUGAAAAUGGGUCUCUUGUUAAAUCUCAAGAUGUGGACUCCCUGUCAGCACAGAACCAAGAUGAAGGCUUGGGCCGAUCCCGGUCACUCGCUAGGCUACAUGCCCAAAAAGAGUUCUUGAAAGCCACUGCUCUUGCUGCAGAGCGCACUUUUGAAUCUGAGGACUCCAUUCCUGAGCUAAAUGAAGCCUUUUCUAAGUUCUUGACCAUGUAUCCUAAGUACCAGUCCUCGGAAAAGAUUGAUGAGCUGAGGUCAGAUGAGUACUCUCACCUUUCUGGCUCUGCACCUAAGGUAUGUCUUGAUUACUGUGGAUUUGGGUUGUUUUCAUUCCUUCAAAGUGUUCAUUACUGGGAGUCAUCUACAUUUAGCUUGUCUGAGAUUACUGCUAAUUUGAGCAAUCAUGCUUUGUAUGGGGGUGCUGAGAAAGGCACUGUGGAACACGAUAUUAAGACUAGAAUUAUGGAUUACUUGAACAUCCCUGAGAAUGAGUAUGGUCUUGUUUUUACUGUGAGUAGGGGCUCAGCUUUUAAGUUGUUAGCUGAAUCAUACCCUUUUCAGACCAACAAAAAGUUGUUGACUAUGUUUGAUCAUGAGAGCCAGUCGGUUAACUGGAUGGGUCAGUGUGCCAGAGAGAAAGGUGCCAAGGUUUAUAGUGCAUGGUUCAAAUGGCCUACCCUCAAACUAUGUUCAACUGAUUUGAGGAAGCAAAUUUCGAACAAAAAGAGGAGAAAGAAAGAUUCAGCUACUGGUCUCUUUGUUUUCCCAGUCCAAUCUAGAGUUACUGGUGCCAAGUACUCAUACCAGUGGAUGGCACUGGCUCAGCAGAAUAAUUGGCAUGUGUUGCUUGAUGCUGGCGCUCUGGGUCCAAAAGACAUGGAUUCUCUAGGAUUGUCUUUAUUCCGGCCGGACUUUAUAGUUACUUCAUUCUACAGGGUGUUUGGUUAUGACCCAACUGGAUUUGGAUGCCUUCUUAUAAAAAAAUCUGUGAUGGGAAGCCUUCAAAAUCAGUCGGGGCAUGCUGGGUCUGGUAUAGUAAAAAUUACUCCUGUUUUCCCCUUGUAUUUGAGUGACUCCGUUGAUGGUUUCCCUGGAUUGGCCGAGGAUGAUGAAGCGGGAGAGGACAGUGAAGCAAAUGCUGAAACUCGGCCAGGAUCUCAGUUGCCAGCCUUUUCUGGUGCUUACACUUCUGCUCAGGUCAGGGAUGUAUUUGAGACGGAGAUGGAACAUGACAACAGCUCCGAUAGGGACGGAGCCAGCACGAUAUUUGAAGAGACUGAAAGCAUUUCUGUUGGGGAGGUAAUGAGAAGUCCAGUCUUUAGUGAAGAUGAAUCAUCUGAUAACUCCCUGUGGAUUGACUUGGGCCAGAGCCCCUUGGGAUCUGACGGUGCUGGGCAAUCCAACAAACAAAAGAUUGCCUCUCCAGCACCCCCAUUUUGGUUUGCUGGCAGGAAGAAUAAUAAAAGGCUCUCGCCCAAGCCUUCAAAGAUAUCAAGCAGCCCAUUGUAUGACACAGGGCGGCAUGAGGACAACCAUGUGCUAUCAUUUGAUGCAGCUGUCCGGUCGGUGUCUCAAGAAUUCGACCACUUCAAGGAGAUUCCUGAAGAAGACCAAUUUGAUAAGAGAAGCCCAGAGAUCGAGGAAGAACCAGAGACCAGCAAACAGGGUCACAUGUUGAUUUCUUCUGUAAGGGGAUCUGGUCUGGACAACUCAACUUCAAUUUCUCGGCAUCAAACCCUUGAUAAUGGAUCAAUCUCUGAGAUAUGCCCGGAGAUUAAAGAGAGUGCUAUAAGAAGAGAAACUGAAGGUGAGUUCAGGUUAUUGGAAAGGAGAGAAGGAAACAGAUAUGCAGGAGGUAGAUUUUUUGGUAUAGAAGAUGCUGAUCAGCCUGGAAGCCGGGGAAGACGUGUAUCCUUCAGCAUGGAAGACAACCGUAAACCUCGCCAGAGCCAUACACUUGAGCCUGGGGAAUUGUUAGCAACAAGUUUGGAUGAUGACGAGUACCUUAGUGAUGGGGAUUAUGACGACGGGCAAGACUCAGACAGGAGAGAACCCGAGAUAGCAUGCAGGCAUCUUGAUCACAUAAACAUGUUAGGUCUCAAUAAAACUACUCUCCGGCUAAGAUAUCUCAUCAAUUGGCUAGUUACCUCGUUGCUUCAGUUAAGAUUUCCUGGUUCAAACGGGGAAGACAGUUCACGGCUAGUUCGCAUCUAUGGUCCGAAAAUCAAAUAUGAGAGGGGUGCAGCUGUUGCAUUCAAUGUGAGAGACAGAAACAGGGGCCUCGUGAGUCCUGAAAUAGUUCAGAAAGUGGGUGAGGCACAUGGUAUCUCUUUGGGCAUUGGUAUCUUAAGUCAUAUACGGAUCUUAGACAGCCCAAAACAGCAGCAACGAUCUCUGAGUCUUGAU